CCCUCUUGGUCCCGUAUUCCCUUAUUUUGUCAAAUUCCCUACAGUCGUUUCUGGUGAUUAUUCCAGCUAAAGUUGGUAUUUUCGCUGCCGAAGUCUGGUCCAUUAGAUUUAUGACAAAGUACAGUUUUCAACAAUGCUGAAAUCAAAUGAUUUGUUUCCUGUUGAUAAUUUGUUUUUCAAAAAGCAAGAUGAAGUUAAAAAAUAUUCAGACAAUGAAAAAUCUUUGGGUUGGUUUCUCCCUCCUGUUCCAUUGCUUUCAGAAAUUCCAGAUACUCAAGUAUUAGAGGAAGAAAUAGAAAGUCAUAAUCUAAUAGGUCAAGGGAAAAGGCCAAAAAUGUUAACAUCAAGUUCAAAGAUUAUUAAUGAAGAUAUAGAUUAUGUUUCCCCAACACAGAAAUUCCAGUUUGCUUUCCCCCUUAAAACAUAUGAUCAAGAGCAAAUUUUAGGAGGGACAAGAAAUAAUGAUUUAUCGCAUAGUACUAGCAAGCUGACCUAUAGUUCCCAGAAAUAUAAAAAUCACAUUAGGACUGCAAUAGCAACUGCGAAAAAUGUUCCUGAUGAUGCAAACUUGGUUAAGUCUGUGGAAGAAAAAGGAGAGAGCACAUCAGCAUUCCGGAAAAGAUUAUUUAAAAUAUCUGACAAUGUACAUGGGAGUGCUAAUUAUAAUGACACUGCCAACUUGAACACUGAUAUUACCUCAGUGAAAACUAUCCAGGCAGAUGUGAACAAAGGGAAAUCAUGGAACGGUAGCAGUAAUAAUAAAAAACCUCACUAUUCUGCAAACAUGCUUAUUGCAAAUGAUGGCUUUUCAGCUUCUGAAAUUGGAAAAGGAAGAACAGAAGGUGGUUUAGGUUGCUUGAAGGCUGUCACAGAAAUCCCGACAAAAUAUAGAAGCAUUUUCAAAGAAUUUCCAUAUUUCAACUAUAUACAGUCAAAAGCCUUUGAUGAUCUCCUUUAUACAGAUAGGAACUUUGUGAUCUGUGCUCCAACUGGUUCUGGGAAAACUGUAGUAUUUGAACUUGCCAUCACAAGAUUGCUAAUGGAAGUGCCAUUGCCCUGGUCAAAUAUUAAAAUUGUUUAUAUGGCACCAAUUAAAGCUCUGUGUAGUCAGCGUUUUAAUGACUGGAAGGAAAAAUUUGGACCAAUAGGAUUGAGUUGUAAGGAACUCACUGGAGAUACAGUAAUGGAUGACUUGUUUGAGAUUCAGCAUGUUCAUAUUAUUAUGACAACUCCAGAAAAAUGGGAUAGCAUGACUAGGAAAUGGAGAGAUAACUGUUUGGUCCAGUUGGUUCGACUAGUUCUCAUUGAUGAGGUACAUAUUAUAAAAGAUGAAAAUCGUGGUCCAACCCUUGAAGUUGUAGUCAGCAGAAUGAAAACUGUAAGGUCUUUAUCUCAGACAUCAGAAAACAGAAGCACCAUUAUUCCAAUGAGAUUCAUAGCUGUGUCUGCCACAAUUCCAAAUGCUGAGGAUAUUGCAGAAUGGCUUUCAGAUGAUGAAAGACCUGCUGUUUGUCUGAAAAUGGAUGAGAGCCAUAGACCUGUGAAACUUCAGAAAGUGGUCCUUGGAUUUCCUUACAAUAGUAACCAAACUGAAUUUAAGUUUGACUUAUACCUCAACUACAAAAUUGCCAGUGUCAUACAAACAUAUUCUGAUCAGAAACCCUCACUUGUGUUUUGUGCAACAAGGAAAGGUGUGCAACAGGCUGCUUCUGUUCUUGUGAAAGAUGCUAAAUUUGUUUUGACUGCGGAACAGAAACAGAGGUUACAGAAGUAUGCAUAUUCCGUAAGAGAUUUGAAACUGAAAGAUAUGUUAAUGCAUGGUGUUGCUUAUCAUCAUGCUGGUAUGGAGCUGUCAGAUAGAAAAGUAGUUGAAGAAGUUUUUACUACUGGAGAUCUACCAGUUCUUUUUACUACCAGUACUUUAGCUAUGGGAGUAAAUUUGCCUGCUCACCUAGUUGUUAUAAAAUCAACAAUGCAUUAUGCUGGAGGAAUGUUUGAGGAAUACAGUGAAACAGAUAUUCUGCAGAUGAUUGGUAGAGCUGGUCGACCUCAAUUUGAUACUACAGCAACUGCAGUUAUUAUGACUCGAUUAAGUACAAGAGACAAGUAUAUUGAAAUGUUAGCUUGUAGUAACACUGUAGAAAGCAGUUUGCACAGACAUCUUAUUGAACAUUUAAAUGCAGAGAUAGUAUUACAUACUAUCACAGAUGUGAAUGUUGCUUUGGAAUGGAUACGAUCAACCUUGCUUUAUAUCAGAGCCCUGAAAAAUCCAUCUCAUUAUGGUUUUGCAGCUGGAUUAAAUAAAGAAGGAAUUGAAGAAAAAUUACAAGAAUUAUGUCUGAAGAAUCUGAAUGCUUUGUCAUCUCUGGAAUUGAUAAAGAUGGAUGAAGAUGUUAACUUCAAACCAACUGAGGCAGGAAGAUUGAUGGCUUGGUAUUAUAUAACAUUUGACACAGUGAAGAAAUUUCGCAAAAUCAAUGGAACAGAAACUUUAUCAGAUCUGAUCACACUGAUAGCCAGCUGCAAGGAAUUUCUGGAUAUACAGUUAAGAUUAAACGAGAAGAAAACGCUGAAUACUUUGAACAAAGAUGCAAAUCGGAUAACUAUCAGAUUUCCAAUGGAAGGGAGGAUUAAAACAAGAGAAAUGAAAGUAAAUUGUCUUAUUCAGGCUCAACUAGGAUGUAUUCCCAUUCAAGAUUUUGCUUUGACACAAGAUACAGCGAAGAUUUUCAGAACUGGCUCACGAGUUACAAGAUGGUUGUCAGAUUUUGUCGCUGCUCAAGAACAGAAGUUUACCACCUUAUUGAAUAGUUUAAUUUUGGCUAAAUGUUUUAGGUGUAAACUUUGGGAAAACUCUCUACAUGUUUCCAAACAGUUGGAAAAAAUUGGUGUAACAUUGUCAAAUGCCAUGGUAAAUGCAGGUUUGACCUCGUUUAAAAGAAUAGAAGAAACAGAUGCAAGAGAACUUGAGCUGGUUUUAAGUAGACAUCCUCCAUUUGGAACCCAGAUAAAGGAAACUGUGACACAUCUACCAAAGUAUGAACUUGAAGUGAAACAGAUUGCAAGAUAUGGUGAUACAAUGGCGGAAAUACUAGUGACCAUUACAUUAAGAAAUUUUGAACAACUACAGACUAAAAGAACAGCACCAGAUUCUCACUGUAUUACCUUAAUCAUUGGUGAUGCAGAUAAUCAAGUAGUUUUUAAGCACAAAAUUAUGGAUUCUGUUUUGCUAAAAUCUGGAAAUUGGACUAAAAAGAUUGAUGUGAAGAGAGCUCUUAGAUCUGGAGAUCUUAGCGUAAAUUUAAUUAGUACUGAUUUUGUUGGACUUGAUAUUCAGCAGAAAUUCUCAGUCCUUUACUUAAAAUCCAAGAGCUUUGAAAAUCAAAUAAUUAUGGAGAGAACAUCAGAAACAGAUAUUUCCUAUUCUAAACAUUCUGCGAAAUCUAUUGUAGCAGGACCCAAUAAAGGAAUGACUACUUGCAAAAAGCCUGGGAACCGAGAAUGCAAUCAUCCCUGCAAAAAUAAACAAAUGUGUGGACACGACUGCUGUAAAACUGGAGUUGCACAGAAAUCAGAAAUUAAAGAGUCAACAAUUUCUUCAUAUUUAUCUGAUUUAAGAAACAGGACUUCAUCUCUUCCUCCAGUUAAAAGGCUCAAGAUGCAGAUGAAUAAUAAAUCACAAAGUGUGGACCUUACAGAAUUUGGAUUUACUCCAAAACCUUGUCUAUCCAGUAUAUCAAGAUCAGAAAUAUUAAAUGUACCUGAAUUCACUAAAAUGGAACAAUGGGAUCAGCCUAAGACUUGCAGAAGAAUUCAACAAGGACCAUCGGAGUAUCAAGAAAAAGAUUUUUCAAGACAGAAGUAUUUGACAACUUCAAAUGAAAAAGUUCCUCAAACAGUGCUGUUCAAUAGAAAUCUUAGUAAGUCUGGUAACCAAAAUGUGACAGAUGCAGAUAAAAGCAAUUCUACAUUUUCAGAAGUUUUGAAUGUGAACUUUGAAUUGGGAAAUGAUGCUUGGGAUGAUUUUGAUGAUGAAAACUUAAUAGAAGUUACUAGCUUUCCAGCUGGUGAAGAGAAGACUGAAGUAUCAGGAUUUGGAAACAUUCUGAGUUCAAGUACUGGGGGAUAUAAGCUACCUCUCCAAGACUCAAAGAGAAAAUUCCAAAGAGAAGCAUCAAACAGUGUUGUUUCAUCACACGAGAAGGCAGAUAUUUAUUUAUCAAAUUCUAUGUCCAAGUUUGGUGCGUCCUGCUUGAUGCAAUCACCUCAAAAAGCUGGAAAUGGAAACAUGGUUCAUUUACAAGAAGGAAAACAACAAGCACUGUCACCAGAGAUCAAGAUCAUUAACUCCCACCAAAAAUCAAUUUCUAAGAAUGUGGAAAUUUUCUUUAGAGAAAAUGAAUAUAAAAAGGGAACUGAUUUCAGUUAUUCCAAUGAUGAAGCUGAUGAAAUGAAGUGUUUCCUGGGAAUAUUUGAUGGUAUUUUCUAGAACAAAUUAAAAAAAUACUUCUUGAUAAGACAGAGUAUAAAUACAAAUAAU